CGAUGCCGCGUCUACGGCAGCUUUCUUCCGCGCUUCAUGUUACCAGACGCAUCCGAUUGAACCGGCGCUGCCCUCGCGAUCAUGUACAAGUGUUUGUUAGGAGCUGCUCAUGCUCCGCGCCUCAGCCAAUCCGACAAUCGGUGAACUACUCGUCGCAAGCUUCAGCACAGAACGCGCAGCUCAACCCGACCACAUCCGAUCCGCCCACUCCUUCAAUAGAUCAUCGAACACUCGCGCAGACACAUGACCUCUUCAUAACCUCUCCGUAUAGCCCAGGGUCGCCGCUCCUCCUUCCGAAUGGCGCCUACGUCUUCCAGAAGCUCCAAGCAUUCCUCCGCGCGCAAUACCCACAAUUCGGAUUUCAGGAGGUUAUAACGCCUACCAUAUAUAAGAAGUCACUAUGGGUGACCUCGGGGCAUUGGGACAACUAUGCAGAGGAUAUGUUCAGCGUGCAAGGCCGUGGCGCAUCAGGACAAAUAGAAAAUGCGGAGACAGGGCAGGAUGAAGAGUUUGGACUGAAGCCUAUGAACUGCCCAGGACAUUGCUUGCUCUUCAGAGAUGAAUUAAAGAGCUACAGGGACCUGCCGAUAAGAUACGCGGAUUUCAGCGCGCUGCAUCGGAACGAAAUAUCGGGAGCUCUGACGGGGUUGACGCGAGUGCGGCGCUUCCACCAGGAUGAUGCGCACAUUUUCUGCCGGCCCGAUCAGAUCUUAACGGAAAUUGAACAAACUCUGAAGUUCGUGGGGAUGGUGUACAAUACGUUCGGGCUUGGGCCAUACAAGCUGCUCCUAUCCACACGACCGAAGGACCACUACAUUGGCACUAUCGGGGAAUGGGUCCGAGCCGAGGAGCAGCUGACGGCUGCUCUGAAUAAUAGCGGAAGAGAUUGGGCCAUUAAUGAGGGCGACGGCGCCUUCUAUGGCCCCAAGAUCGAUAUCAUUCUCAAAGAUGCGAAUGGGAAAGAGCACCAGACCGCCACUAUCCAGCUCGACUUCCAACUGCCGCAGCGUUUUGAUCUACAAUACCAAGCGUCUCCGGAAGAGCUAGCGUCGCCGCCAGCUCAGCCCCAAAGAGAUAGUAAUCUGGACAGCGCAAAUCGACGACCCGUGAUCGUGCACCGCGCCAUUUACGGCUCGCUAGAGCGCUUCAUGGCUCUGCUCAUCGAGCAUUACGCCGGCAAAUACCCCUUCUGGCUCUCUCCUCGGCCCGCCAUCAUUCUUGCGCUGAACGGAGAACCUGAGGUGCUAGCGCAUGUUUCUCGGAUUCAGUCUGUUCUGUCGGGCUUACAUUCCCCUUCUACAGCAUCUGAGACGUCAUCCUCCCGACCAAGACCCCAGCCGCUUUCUACGAUUCAUCUUCCCAUCGACGUCGACACGAGUAACCGCCCCCUAGGCAAGAAGUUUAUGGAGGCGCGGAAGAAGAAGUACAAUCACAUCAUUGUCGUCGGCCCUAGUGAGGUAAAUAUGCGGAGUUUGAAGCUCCAGAUCGUAAAUCAGCCAAAUGAGCCUGCAGCACUGGCGAGUCUGGGUAAUUUGUUGGGUCGGGAAAUAAGCGAAGCUGAUAGGGAGAGGGGCUAUAUAUCUGUUGGUAUGGAGGUGGAAACGGCGAGAAGAUAUUUCGAAGACCUGGUGAAUACCUUCUUGUAGGAUUUGUACAUUACCGUGUAUAGUAUGUAUGUUGAGGACGAUGGGGGAUGCAUUGAACGAUGCAUGCCCUGACUCACAUCUUCGUCCAUAGUGACAGAG